AUGAUGCAACGGGCAGACGAGAAACUCAUUCCCUCGGUUGCCAAAGAAGUGAAAGAAGCGUUCGAUGCAAAUCUCUCUAGUAUUGGAUACCUCUUAUUUAUAAGAAACAUUGCUCAAGGACUUGCCUCUCCCUUAGCCGGUUUAUUUGUCAUCAGUUAUGACCGUCCAACAGUCUUUGCAAUCGGUUGUGCAUGUUGGGUCUUAUCAACUGUUGCAGUUGGAGCGAGCCACUACUUCUUCCAGGUUACACUUGCUGUAGCGGUCAAUGGGUUUGGACAUGCAAUUGUUUAUCCAGUGCUUCAGUCAAUAAUUGCGGAUAGUGCAAGAGGUUUUGGUUUUGGUUUAUGGUAUCUCAUUGGUACGGUUGGAGCUAUAGGUGGAACCGUCAUGGCAACGGUCAUGGCUGGUCAUGAUUUCUUGGGGAUCGCAGGAUGGCGCAGCGCCUUUAUGUUAAUGGCAACAAUGAGUGCGAUGAUCGGGAUUCUUGUUUUUGUCUUUGCCGUUGACCCGAGGAAAAAGAAGAGUAGCAUCUUCGUUUCUCAUGAUCAUAAACGAGAUGAACUUAUGAGCUCGGUUUUGAUGGAAUCGUGGGCAGCCAUAAAAGAUGUAACGAAAUUACGAACACUUCACAUCAUCGUAUUGCAAGGAAUCGUCGGUUUGGUGGCAUGGAAUGCAAUGGUUUUCUUCACGAUGUGGUUCGAACUUAUUGGCUUUGAUCAUAAUAAGACAGCAGCUCUGAGCGGGAUAUUCACCACGGGACAAGCAAUAGGAUCUUUGGUCGGAGGAAUAGUUGCUGACAAAAUGUCUCAUAUAUUUCCAAACUCAGGCAGAGUGAUAUGCGCACAAUUCAGCGUUUUCAUGGGAGCUGUAUUCUCCAUUAUUCUUCUAAGAAUAAUCCCACAAUCCACUAACAGUUACUAUAUCUUCUUGGUCACUCUCUUUCUGAUGGGUCUCGCGAUAACUUGGUGUGGACCAGCCAUUAACUCUCCGAUAUUGGCUGAGAUUGUUCCUCCUACGCAUCGAACCAUGAUCUAUGCUUUUGAUCGUGCACUUGAAGUUUCUUUUUCGUCAUUUGGUGCUCCUUUGGUUGGAAUUAUGUCCGAGAAAGUUUUCGGGUUCGACGCAAAAGGAAUUGAUAAUGUUAAAGACUAUGGUCGUGAGGCUGAGGCAUUGUCGAAAGGGAUCAUGUGGAUGAUGGCUGUCCCGUUUGGAUUGUGUUGUCUUUGUUACACUCCUUUACAUUUUCUCUUUAGGAAAGAUCGAAAAAUCGACACUACUCCGAGUUCAAGGGAAAUGGAGAUGAUGUGA